AUGCCCCGCGACGACGGCGACGACGCGCGCGGCGUGAUCGAGACGGCGAGCGAUGCCGCGCGCGCGAAGCGGGACAUCGCGCGACUCGGCUACGUCGACGACGCGCACGUCGAGGCGUUCGCGCGCGAGACGGGCGCGAGCGGCGCGAGGCACGCGCCGCUGGUGCACAGAGGGUACUGGGCGCGGUCGACGGCGACGCGGGCGCUGAGCGACGCGUUCGGAAGCGCGGUCGGCGAUGGACGGUUCAACGUCGUGAACGUGGGAUGCGGGUACGACACGAUCGGAUUUUAUGUGAUGGAACGGUGGGCGAACGCGCGGGUCGUGGAGGUGGAUCACGAGGAGGUGACGAAGGAGAGGCGAGCGAGGAGCGAGGCGAGCGCGGGGACGGCGGCGGCGGCGGCGUCGGAGGUGUACGAUUUGCGGGCGUGCGACGUGCGAGACGGGGAGGCGCUGGCGCGGAUUUUUGAGGAGGUAAAAUUGGAUUGGUCCGCGCCCACGCUCGUGAUCGCGGAGUGCGUGUUGGCGUAUUUGCCGCCGGGGAAGUCGGACGAGGUGGUUAGAUUUUUCGGCGAACGCGUCGAGCGAGGGGCGUUCAUCUCGUACGAUCCCAUCGAGCCCGACGAUGCGUUCGGACGACAGAUGGUGCGCAACGUUGAGAGUCGUGGGUGUGCGUUCGCCGGUAUCAGGGACGCCCCGAGCGUUGCGGGCGCUCGAGCGAGGUUUGAGCGGAACGCGUGGCGGCGCGCCGAGGCGUACGACAUGAACGAAGUGUACGCGAGGUUAGAUCCCGUCGAGCGCGCGCGAAUCGAGCGAAUAGAAUUAUUCGAUGAGUUCGAGGAGUGGAAACUCAUCAUGGCGCAUUAUUGCGUGUCGGUCGGCGUGAACGACGACGAAGGGGGGGUUUUAGCAGAUUUCGGCCUGAGAUAA